AAGCUGGUCCAGUGCACGCAGUUCCGUGGGACAAUGUGUAAUCAAUUAAGAUUCAGCAAUUCUCGAAAGAAAAUGUAAAGGUUUGCGUUCGUCAUAGCGUAUCUAGUGCACUCUUUUUACGUGCGUCGUGCAGGUCAAUAAUGAUUCAUCGAGCUGCCCAGUAGCGUUGUUGUGGUUGAAAACAGUGCAUUUUCAGGGCUUUGCUUCUUGUGCCAUCUUGUGCUUACCGUGAUUAAGAACUUCCGAUUCCUACUAACGCCCAGAAGAAAGGAGGAUUCAGAAUCAGACCAUCGUUUAGACGCACAAUAGAAUCGAAGGAACAUUUGCCUACCGUCGCGAUAGAAGCUCAUGUACACCAUGUUCUUUUGCAGUAGUAGGUGGCGGUGUAUGUGUGUGGGUUGAUCCUUUGAAGCGUACUUGUUGUGAGUGGCUAACGGUGGACGAGUCGUCCUUUUCCGUAAGCAAAUACUUCUACUAUCGAUACGUAGGUGGCGACGACGUACUUUGUCGAUGAGUGAAAGCUUGGAAGAUAGUCCUCUUUCGGACAAUAGGAUGGAUAUAUCGGACAACACGACCUCGCACGGAUCAUCGCCUCCGCUCCACGUGGAAGGCUCUCCGGAUUAUUCGCCCGUCCAUGAUUCGGCUGGCAUACAGGUGAAUCAACCGCUUCUUGCUCUGUGCCAAUCUGACUCCGAGCUCGGUAACGGCAUAGAAUCGCACAACGAUUCUAACGCAACAACUGGCGCCACGACAGAAUCGAUAGAGAUUCAUAAACUGUCGGCUAACAAAUCGCCUUCCAUUGUAUCAUCUCGAGUAACAUCAUCGACCGGACUGACGCCCGUCAGCAGCCAUCCGUUGAUGAUGUCACCGACGGGAAGCGAGUCGGAUAUGUCGGAGUUUAUAGUGGAGACAGCAGGGUGCCGAAAGCCGGCCGUGCGUAAUUACUAUCACUAUCCGGACGUGGUACCGGCGAGCGAACAACCAUUGCGCCUGGCCAGCCCAUACGCGAAUCGUCGUACCAUGGAGAAAAAAGAUAAUGGAUCGAUAGUAGCCGAUGAGAAGCGUUCUCACGUAGCCAUGGUGACGCCAGCAAGACGUGCUAAGUGUUCGCCAUCGAAACGGUUGCCAGCAGCGGGCGAUGGUUCGAAAGAUAAAUCCAACACAGCUACAGCCACCUCGACGCUUGAUGUUAUUAACAAUGCCAUCCAUAGGGGUGCCGAGAAUGUCCCGAACAGCGUUUCUCCCGUCCGUCAGCGAGGAACCGAGGAGAUGGGUUCGGAUUUUUUCAGCACCGAUUCGGAGGUCGAGGAACCAUACGAUGAAGAAGAUGUUUCAUUAUUUCAGGCUUCCGUUACGCCGACAUUUCAAUCAGUGGCAUUGCACGCUUCGCCACCCCAGUCAGACGGUCCGUCACCCACCGGUGGACAGCAGCGGAAGCACAAGCCACAUUCCAAAUCGAUCUCGCCACGUUUGCACCAGCGCCGUAAAGUUCCACUGCCGAGCGAUCUGCUAGUAGAUGACGUUAGCUCGAUGGAAGACACGCUAUCGAACCAGAGCGUGGACGAACUGCAGCAGAACCUUGUGUCGCUCAGCCCAUCGUCCUCCAUAUUGGAUGAUAAUGGGUUUAACGUGGAUAUCGAUGAAGACUUUCUCGAUCUGCCCGGUACGCCUAAGGCAACCGCAUUGGUUGCCGAUCCGGAUGUUCACGAUGUGGUGCCCGGGCGUUCGUCUGCUCUGCCGCAGUAUUCAGCCCGAGAGGAGGCUCGGGAUAUUCGGAACUGGCAGAAGAUUACGCUGCCGGAUGGGAAAACGCGCGAGAUCGAUAUGAAGGUAAUCGAACCGUAUAAGUGUGUGCUAUCGCACGGAGGCUAUCUGCAGGCGGGUGGGCACAAUGCCAUCGUAGUAUUCAGUGCGUGCCAUCUGCCGGAUCGUUCCCGAGCCGAUUACCAUUAUGUGAUGAACAAUCUGUUUUUAUAUGUGGUAAAAACGCUCGAACAACUGGUAACGGAGGACUACGUGUUGGUGUAUCUGCAUGGUGGUUCAAGCCGGGGCAAUGUUCCUCCGUUUCCUUGGUUGAAAAAAUGUUACCAGUUGCUUGAUCGUCGACUAAGAAAAAGCCUUCGCUAUCUGUACAUGGUGCAUCCGACGUUUUGGCUAAAAAGUGUUGUAUGGAUGGCAAGACCCUUCAUUAGUUCGAAAUUUUGGCGAAAACUCGUGUACGUAACAUCGUUGGAAGAGUUGUACAAGCUGGUACCAGUAGAAAAGGCGGCUGUACCAGACAAGGUGAAAAACUACAACGCACGGUAAAGUAAGACAUUUUGCAAUGCGUGUUAUAUGGUAAUGGCUUUCGGGAGGUUAUGUUUUGUCGGGUUUGGAGGAGGUCGGUAUGUUCUUAUUAAUUUAUGUAUGUUUGUUCUACUCCUCACCUACACGAAGAGUUUAUUGUGCAUUGGUUCCGUAAAGAGGAAAAAGAAUAGAAAGAUCUGUUUUUAUGAUUGUGUUUUUUUGGAAUAUAUUGAAUAUGGGGAAAAUGUAAGCUGACGCAAAUAGUUCGUGCCGUCUUCUGAGACUUGUGCACUAAAUCGACGAAACAAGCAAUGAUAUCUUUAAGAUGUAGUUGGAAUCAACACAUAUGGUCAGAAUGUAGCCAAAUAGAGCGAAAUCUGCGUAGAAUGUAGUGCAGCACUGGUAGUUAUGGAAAGCACUUUUCAUUCUCAGUCCACACUGGCCGCUAGCGCCAUGGACGUCACUAUCAAUCAAUCAAACGAACGUAGAAUACAAUUCGAACAAUGGGCACGCGGCGGUACUGCCGUGUGUGCGACCAUAACUUGUCCUUUGAGUAGACAAAUGACAGUGAAACGAGAGUAACAUUGUUUACGCGUUUCUUUACCGCUAUGGUUCCAGGAAUUAGUGCGGGUUGUUAGUAAAUCCAGAAGAUACAGGGGGAGAGUAUUAUUAUCGUGAAUAGUAAUGUAAACGCAUAUCGAACUGCCUAAAGAAUGGGAUAUAUUUAACUGGUCUCGACUAGUGUGUAGUGAAUGGCUUGUUUUAUGUUAGACUGAGCAAGUCCUAAGAAACAAACGAUUGUUUGCCGAUUUCAGUUUUGUUUACGGAUCGAAAAGUAGUGGAUUAUUUUUCCGCAAAGCA